AUGUCGUCGCGUCAAAAAGGUCCCUCCUCGCCAUCCGUUGCUUCAUUUAGUGCAUCUAAGCCAUUCGAGAGCAACUUUCUGCAUCGAUAUUUGACACAUAUAGCUAUCCAAAUCCUUAAGCGUAUUCGACCUCGACAAGGAAACGUUCUCCUGUUAACGGACGAAAUAUGCGUCAAGUAUGGGCGCCGUGUUCAUUUAUCAGAGGCAUAA